CCCUCUUUUCAUGAUGCCCCUAUUACUUAAGUCGCCUCUCAGUCCACUCGUCAAUGUGAAGGCAUGAAGAAGAUGUCUACUAGCGACCUUUGACCCGAACUUUGAGCUUGUUUUCUCAAUUCCUCCAUUCUCUCUGCCCAUUUGUUCUGCAUAUGCCUUUAUCGCAUUUGAUACAGGCGGAAACAUAUGGAACACCAGGCCGCGGGGAAACCACGAUGUUUUUUUUCAGUUAAGUUUUUAUCAAGUUUAAUCAGUAGGGCUUAAAGUAUACGUUUUUUUAACUAUGUUCAAUUCAUUCACCUCCCCAAUCCCCUCUUCCACCAUGUUCUCCUCUCUUGUUUGUUAUCACACUUGAUAGAGGCAAAAACAAAUGGAACAGCGAGCCAUCAGGAAAACCACAGGUUUCGGUUGAGAUCGAUUCAGAAGCACUGAAUCGGUAGAAGGGUUUUUAACAUAUCACGGAUAUCAAGAGGUGUUUGCGAAUCAAAUUGGAAUUGUUUUGUUAUUGUUCUGAUUUUGUUGAGAAUACAGUAUAAAGUCAAUGGUCAUCCUCUAAUCAGACGCAACCUUCCUUUGCCUACCACACGUUUGAAAAUCUUUUUUUGGAUAGAGGAGAUUUGAAGAAAUUAAAUCGUCCCAAGGGAAGCUACCCAGAAGACGUUAGGUACAUCUUUAAUGGAUACUGACUCUUUAUUCACACUACCAGAUCAGACAUGUCAACGGUUUACUCUGUCAGAGAUUCAAUUGGCAACCAACAACUUUGACGAGACUUUAGUCAUUGGGCGUGGUGGAUUCGGCAACGUGUAUAAAUGUGAUCUCAGCAAGAUCGGGUCUGUAAGCCAAGUUGCAGUUAAACGGUUGCAUGCCAUGUCCAACCAAGGAGGCCAUGAAUUUGAGGCCGAAGUUAAGCUCCUCUCCAAGCUGCGACAUGCCAAUCUUGUAUCUCUUGUUGGUUAUUGUAUUGAAGGGAAAGAGAUGGCCCUUGUAUACGAGUUCAUGCCCAAUGGUACACUUAAAGAUCAUCUUUGCAAAGCUGAUUGUACCUUAUCUUGGUCACAACGACUCAAGAUAUGCAUAGGUGCAGCUCGGGGAUUAGACUACCUUCACACAGGCACAUCAACCCAAAAUGGAGUUAUACAUCGUGAUGUGAAGACGUCCAAUAUUUUAUUGGAUGCAAACUUUGCUGCUAAAAUUUCAGAUUUUGGAUUGGCCAAAGUUGGUCGAAUAGAUCAGACACAAACUUAUGUCAGCACCAAUGUCAAAGGGACAUUUGGGUAUAUGGACCCAUGCUACUUCUAUACUGGAAAUUUGACUAGAAAAUCCGAUGUUUACGCCUUUGGAGUUGUUCUGUUUGAGGUGUUGUCUGGGAGGCAAGCGGUGGAUUCAACCCUAGAUGAAGAGCAAUGGGGUUUGGCAGCUUGGGCUCAAGACCAAAUAAAAGAGGGAAAAUACAAUCAAAUUAUUGACAGAAGACUGAUGGGCCAAAUCUCAAAAAAAUGCUUGAAGGAGUUUGCAAGCUUAGCAAGUCGUUGUUUACAUACCCAACCAAAAAAGCGCCCUACAAUGGCAGAGGUUGUUGUCAAGCUCGAGUCAAUUCGGUCACAAAAAAGAGAAAAUGUGAAUUCUGUCAUUGAUGAAGGAAGAUUCAUUUACAAGGUAAUGUCUUUUUUCACAGGAAGAGUUGACAUGAUUUUGGAUAAUGCAGUAGGAAGGAAAUCUGUGAUGCCGGAUGAGGUAGUAGGAAAACAAUCUUCUACACCUGAUCAUGCAGAAAGCAGAAAAUCUAUGAUGUUGGAUGGUGAAGUAGCAGGAACAUAUGAGAUGCCCGAUGGAACAGUAGGAAGAAGAUCUGAUUUCAGUGGUCUGAAUCUUCAGUUAUCUAAUAAUCGAAGUGUAAGACAUUUUACAUACACUGAAGUGGUACGUGCAACAAAUAAUUUCAAACACACGGAGCAUUCCUCAAGUUUAAAUGAACUCAUUUACAAAGGCUGGGUUGAUGAAAGAACAUAUGCACCAACAAAAUAUGGGGUUGGUUUGACGAUUUAUGUUAGGAAGAAAUAUAUUGAAACGUGGAAGCUCGAACUUGAACUAGAAGAUUUCAAUCAUCCAAACCUUGUCAAACUCUUGGGAUAUUGCUCUCAAUGGGGAGAAUUUUAUUGCUUGUACGAGCUUGUUCGUGACACUACAUGUUUAGAUAAAUAUCUUUUCAUAGAGCCAGGUAGCACAUCACUUCCUUGGGUUUUAAGACUGAAAAUAGCAGUAGGAGCAGCUAAAGGCUUGGCUUUCUUACAUCGAAGGAAACAUCCAGCAUAUAGCCAAUUUAAAACGAAUCAUAUAUUGGUGGAUAUGGAUUUUAAUGCUCGACUAUCGGAUUUUGAAGUGGAAAAUUUAUACGCCACAAAAGAACGGUUUGGUUAUGUACUCGAUGGAUUGGCUGGUAUUUUCAGUUCACUACCUGAAGACGGUGCUGGAGUGAAGAGUGAGAUCUCUGCUUUUGGAGUGGUACUACUCGAAAUACUAACUGGGAUGAAGUUGUAUGAUGAGAAGAGUCCCUCAGGAAAGCAAAAUUUGGUGGAAUGGGCUACUAUAUUUCUAGCAAAUGAGUUUAAAUUGGGAUUGAUUUUGGACCCACAACUUCUACAUAAUGGUUAUCCUCCAAAUGGAGCAUUCAAGUUGGCUCAACUUGUUAUAAAUUGUCUUCAAUCAACACAAACCGGUUGUCCUUCAAUGAAAGAAAUCGUGCAGGUCUUGUGUGGGUGCUAUGAAGAAGAAAUCAGAUCAUUGUGUAGUCAAACAUUAUAGUGUUUUCUUUUGGCAUAAAUAGAUGUAAAAAAAAGUAAGCUAUAUCAUCUUGGAAGUUGUAGAA